CUGGCGAGGCGCCGUGCUCCGCUCCCUGGCUUGUUGCCAAGGCGCCCCUCACUCGGGCAGAGUUUGGCGCUGGACGCGACGCCCGCCGGGGCUGGGGCGGGGACGCCAGGCGGCGGAGCGGGGAGAGCUGCCUGUCCCCUCCCUUUCACCUGGGGCGGCUGCUGAGGGGGACAGCACCCUUGGGUCCCGGAGCCUGCACCUCUCAGCUGAAGAGGAUCCAGGCAAAGCUCUGAGGAGGGGUUGGGGACCAGCUUCUCAGAGCACAGCUGUGGGCCAGAAUCUCCUGCUUCCUUACUGGCCUUGUUGUGGCAGCCUCCCUCCGGAUGGGGCUGGGCACCACGCCUAAUUAGGGUCCGGGCUUGCCUGCACUGGAGAUCUUGAGCCCAGGGGUCACGUUCCCUCUCCCCGCACAGGACUUUUCUGCUAGGGGAACUGUGUCCAUGCUGGAGCUCUUGCCCACAUGGCUGUAGUGGCUGAGGGUGUGAUUUCGCCCCAUCCCCUUCACUCCUAACCAACCAGCUUGUGCCAGCAGAACUUUUUAAGUAGAGACUAAGCCUAACAGGCCACCCCUGCUCCAGCGGCCUGACAGGAUAACUAGACCUCGCAGAUAACAGGUGAAGGGGAAACAGGCCGAGAGGGACGUGACUUGCCCAAGGUCAUGUAGCAGGUCAGUUGCAGAAUAGGGAAUGGAACCUCAUGGCUUUCCGUCCCCUCCUAGUCUGGCCACCUAUGAUCUGCACCAUGCUGGCACUCCACAAGAGAGACUUCUUCCCUCUGGGUCAAAAUGAUCUUGCAGGCAGCUUGUUGCAGAGACAGGUGGAGUGGCCCCACAAGACCCAGCAGGUCCUGACUGGUGACAAACAGCUGUCAUGAUCUCUACAGCACCUCUCUACAGUGGGGUGCACAACUGGACCAGUGCUGAGCGGAUUCGCAUGUGUGGCCUCAACGAGGAGAGGAGAGCCCCGCUUUCUGAUGAGGAGUCUAACACGAGCAGCUCCCAGCACUUGGGGUCUCAGGAGUUUUGCGUUGGCAGCAGCCUUUCCAAGGUGGAGCUCACAGCAGUCAGCAGUAGUGGCAGCAAUGCCCAGGGGCUGGAUGCAGAUGGCAGUGUGGAGGAGAAGCUGGGGCCUAAGCUGGAAGAACAGCCACCUGAUCCAAAACCAAACCCAGAGUGUAUUGGGAAUGUGGUGAAAGAUGAUGCUGUGCCAUUUCCUCUGGCAACUCAGGAAGAUGACAGAGGGUUGGAGCCUGCAAUCUCAGCAGCUUCAGAUGAGAACAACAGUGGGAUCAACCCGACACCCACAAGCCUCCCUUCUGACAAACAGGCUGAAGGGUCUCCUGCCUGCCCAAAGGCUCCAGACAGUGAGCAUGCCGAGAAAGAGAAGAGCACACUCAGUGCUGGAGCACAGGGGGCAGGAGUAUCUGCAGUGGGGACCCCAUCUUUGGUUGCUUCCAGUUGCAGCACUCCUGCCUCCAACCCAGCCACCUUCACCCUGAAUAGAGUGUGUUUUCCCACAUCUCAGGCUCCUGCUAUGCAAAAAAUGCCCCUGUCCUUUCAACCUGGGGCAGUUCUAACACCGAGUCAGCCCCUUGUAUACAUCCCACCCCCCAGCUGUGGGCAGCCACUUAGUGUGGCUACGCUUCCAACCACCCUAGGGGUCUCUUCCACACUCACCCUUCCAGUCCUGCCCUCAUACCUGCAUGAGCGCUGCCUGCCGGGGAUUAUUGCACCCCCAGAGCUGCACUCGUAUCCCUAUACCUUUUCUGUGGCCAGACCCUUAGCUCCAGACUCCAAAGUGGUGCCUGUGGAGGUAAACCAGCUAAGCUGCUCUUCCCCUUCAGCUGGAAGUGGUACUCAGCCUGCUGCUGAAGGCCCUUCCCCUGCCACAGAUGGCUCUUCCCUUCCUCCCAGCCAGCCUUCCCUGCCUGCAUCAUGUGGAAGUGCAGCCCCACCAUCAGGCACUGUUCUGCACACCAGGGCCCCAGGGGCUCCAGAGCAGCUUGCCCAAGGAGCUACGACUUCUCUUUCACCAUUGAAAUCCCCACCACAGCUGGAGCGUGAGAUGAUCUCUUCCCCAGAGUGCAGUGAGAUGCCCCUUGAUCUGUCCUCUAAAUCCAACCGCCAGAAGUUGCCUCCACCAAGUCAGCGCAAAACACCUCCCAUGCCCAUCCUUACUCCUGUGCACACCAGCAGCAAGGCACUGCUCACCACAGUCCUGUCCAGGUCCCAGCGAGCAGCCCAGAGCACAGGCAGCAAUGUCACUUCAUGUCUGGGCACCACCCCUCCCUUUGUAAUUUUCCCCGAGUUCCUGCGUAAUGGGGAACAGGGCUCCUGGGUGAAAAACUCCACCACACUCAUUAGCACCAUUCCAGGCACCUACGUGGGGGUGGCAAAUCCAGUACCUGCAUCUCUGCUGCUUAGCAAGGACUCUAAUGUUAACUUCAGCAGGGACCCACAGCAUCUCCCUAAACAGGAACCCAUUUCCAUCAUUGAUCAGGGAGAGCCCCGAAAUGCUGGGCCACCCUGUGGGAAGAAAUCCAGCCAGGCUAGUUUGGAGGUACAGCAGGACCCAACUAGGCGAUUCCUUCAUGGCAGAGUCACUCCAGGGGCAUCAUUGUGCCAAUCCAAGGAACUGUCUCCUUGGAAUCCUGGUCAGGGAAGUGUUUAUCCCCGAUGCCCAGUAAAUGGGAAACCUACUAGUCCCCAGCUUCUGCCUGUUGGGUGGUCUCCUUAUCACCAGACCCCUCUGCUUUCAAUUGGCAUCUCUACACCUGGACAGCUGCCCCCAAAUCAGAGUGGCCCCUCCAAACCAUCCAGUGCUGGUGAACUUCCCACAUUUCCCAGCAUGCAGCCUGCAGAAUCCAGCACAGCAGCCUCCAAGGCUCCUGAGGGGCUGCCCAGGCUUCCAUCUCUAGACCAGGAAGCCCAGUCCAAGAGCAAGAACUGCAGGGCCUUGUCCAAGCUCUAUGAGGAGCCUUUGAAUCCAGUUCCCAUGGGUACAGCUCUAUCUCCUCAAACCAAUGCUGUGGAUGCAAGGGGAGAAAAGGGGAGGCCAGAAAGCCCUUCAAGGAGCCAGGAGUAUGGUGAACCAAAGGCUGAAUCCAGCAGUGAAAGCAGUGGACAAACUGAGGUUCCCCAGGGGAGUUGUAGCCUCAAACAGGUAGAUGCAAAACCCAAAAGUCAAGUAUUAGCUGCCUAUUUGUCACAUGACCUGCCCAUAGCCAAUCAGCAGAGCCUGCGAGCAUCCUAUGAGCUGCCUGUGACACCUGUGGAGGGACAGCACAAGGAUGUGGACUGUGAGGCAUCCUGGGAGCAACCAGCCUCUGAGGCCCCACAGUGCAUGCACCAGGUGGACCUGUGCAGGGUCAAGAAGGAGCGAGCAGAAUGUGACAUGCCAUUCACUUCUGUGGCUUGUGUGCAACCUGGGGCCAUUCCCAAGGGCUUCACUGAUGCCAAAUUCAAAGGAAUGGGCCAAAUUAAACAGGAGGUCAUCAUACAUUGCAAGUCCAAGCGGCAGCAUGAUGGGCCAGCCAAAGAGGCCCACAAGAGACUGAAAUGCAGAGCCCAAGAUGGAGAGGAGACUCCAAGCAAGCCAGGGAGCCGAAACUUGCAUGGACGCAAGUGGCGAAAGCAUCAUGAUGACCUGCAUGACAGCAGCAAACGAGAAAGCCGGGUAGGCCUGGCAUCAGUGAAAGAGCACAACAGCCUCAGGGUGAAGCGCAAACGCAGGAGGCCAGCAAAAACAGGGGUUCCAUCACCAGGCCAUCAUGGGGACAACAACGAGGAAGGUUACCUUGAGAAGAAACCCAAGAACAAUUUCCGGGACUUCAUCCCAGUUGUUCUGAGCAGCCGGACACGCAGUCAAUCAGGAAGUGCUGGUGGCUCCUCUGCUAGCAUGACAGGAGAAUGUGAUGUGACCGGCCAGGAGAUCUUACCACUGCUGGAGGAUGAGCAGGAGGAGGAGGAGAAUGAAGAGGCAGAGCCAUCCUUGAAACACCGCAAACUGAGGAAAUCCCAUAGGACUUCUCGUUAUCACAGCCGCAGAGCCAGAGACCAGUCUCUGUCAGAGAGAAGUAGCUGCCACCUGAGGAGGACUCGGGAGCUGCCAUGGAGAGUGGAGUCACCGAGACAGCUAUGGGACCUCAAUGAGGAGGAAGAGGAGGACAGCCACAUCAAGAGGAAGAAGAGGAGACGGCAGAAAAGUCGGAAAUACCAGACAGGGGAGUACUUGACUGAACGAGAGGAGGAGGAACACAUGAGCCUCUCCCACAAGAGGCGGAAAUUGAAAGCAGAUUUCAGGUACCGAAAGCAGAAGGACUCUGUACAAAGCAAAGGCACAGGGCUGCGAUUGAGAAGCAGGCUUUCUCCAUCCUCUCUGAAGUCCCAAGGGCGCCCAGAUUUCCGAAACGGCUUCCUUCUUGAUCACCCAGACAACUCCUCCAUCCAGGAAGCACUAGAGAAACCAUCAGGAAAACGCAAAUGCAAAACCAAACAUCUGGCAGGGCUCUGUGAGGAGGGGAAGGUGAAAGGGCGAUGGAAUCAGCCCAAGCUGCGCUCUUUGAAAAAGUCCCCAGAGCUCUGGUCACUCUGUAAGUCACAGCGGGUCAGCCCAGAGAGCUCCUCUGAACUACCCGUGUCCCAGCAUGUCCCUCCUGAAGCUCGGCGGCUGAUUGUGAACAAGAACGCUGGUGAGACUCUCCUUCAGCGAGCGGCACGGCUUGGUUACAAGGAUGUGGUGCUAUACUGCCUCCAGAAGAAGAGCAGUGAUGUGAACCACCGUGAUAAUGCUGGCUACACUGCCUUGCAUGAAGCCUGCGCACGAGGCUGGAUUGAUAUCCUGCACAUUCUGCUGGAACAUGGAGCCAAUGUGAACUGCAGUGCUCAGGAUGGCACAAGGCCUGUGCAUGAUGCAGUGGCAAACGACAACCUGGAAACCAUGUGGCUUCUACUCUCAUAUGGUGCUGAUCCCACUCUUGCUACCUAUUCUGGGCAGACAGCCAUGAAACUGGCUACUAGUGAAGUGAUGAAACGCUUCCUUAGUGAUUACCUCUCAGAUCUCCAAGGUCGCACUGAUGGGGACCCUCAAACAGCAUGGGACUUCUACAGCAGCUCUGUACUUGAGGGAAAGGAUGGGAUUAGCUGCAACCUUCUGCUCAAUCCUCCUGGAAAUUCGGAUCAAGAAGAAGAAGAACAAGACUCUGACACAUUCAUGUUUGAGUUCUCAGACAAGCCUCUGCUUCCCAGCUACAACCUCCAAGUGUCAGUUUCCCGAGGGCCCUGCAACUGGUUUCUCUUCUCUGAUGUUCUCAAGAGGCUGAAGCUUUCUUCCCGCAUCUUUCAGGCUCGCUUCCCGCACUUUGAAAUCGCCACCCUGCCCAAGCUGGAGUUCCAGCGGCAGGUGUCCCUCAGCCAGGAGCAGUUCUACUGGAGAGAGCUGGCUGGAGGUGGCAGGUGCCUGCCCCCGACAGGAGCGGAGCAGGGCUGCGCCGCUGUAUGUAGAUGGUACAGUUUUAUUGUACAGGUGCUAACAAGGACUCUAAGGACUGGACAAUCUGUUUUCUGGCUCUCCUCUGCCCAGCAGUGGGAAUGUUGGGUGGAUUUUUUUUCUUUGUGUUGUGUUUCUUCCCAGCCAGGGCAGUUGUAGCCCCACCCCUUGGACCCCCUGGCUGUCUGCCUCCCCAUCCUUGGGACCAGACAGCUCCUUUUUUUAAGCCGAGGGAUUUUGCCUUUGGGUGUGUAUUCUGGCUGCUCUUUCUGAUUUCUGUUUUAUUAUAAGCAACAGGCUGUGGUGUCAAAAACACUUAUGUACAGAAAAACCUGCAUCAGGUCCCCUGCCUCAUGCCUCUUCUUUUGCAAAGCAUAAGCAACCCUUAGCAAUGGGGAAGCACUGGCUCUCAGGGAGUGAUGCUGGCAUGGGGAUGACUUUUUAUGCUUCUGAAGGACGGAAUAUUGCCAGUGUCCUCUGGCAUACUGAAGCUGCACGUGAGGCAGGUUUCUUGCUCAGUAAAAGCCUUUCUCCUCUGGGUUUGUGAUGGGAAAGAGGAGGGGGAUAGCGAGAGCUGAUCUAACAGUCAGGCUGUUUGGAAGGGAAAAGGAGAAACAUCCAUGGUCAGCACUCAGCAGAGGCAUCCUGGGUGGUAACAGCAUGGAGAGCAAGGGGGAGAUGUCACCUUUUUAAAUGACGUGUUGAUUGGACUUGGCAGCAAGAAAAGGAGGCAGCAUUUUUCCCUCCCCUCCAACCACAUGCCUGUACUACCCACUGGCUGCUGCCUUUGGGGAGAGGGGAGGGUGUAAAAAUGACCACAACUGCACUGCUGCCACCUGCACUGCAGCUGCUGGCCCUGCUCUGGGCAUCAGGCACAGCUGCCUAGUGAUGCCUCAGGUGUGUUGCUGCUGCUGCCCUGGCCAGUGGCUCACUGCUGUUGCUCUGCCUUCCCUGCUGCUGAGCCUGAGCCAGAGGUGCUGCAGGGAAGGGGGCGGGAGAAAGGGUGAGGUGCCCUUUAGCUCAUUCUGGUGCCACUCCCGCCCCUGUUCCCUGAAGCAGGGCCCAGGGCCUGUGCUCUGCUCAGCGCCCCCGUACCCUGCUACCGCUGCCGGGGGCAGAGCAGGGCUAGGGCUGCUGGGCCGCUUGGUGCGGUCCGCGGGGUGCUGCCUAAGGGCCUGCUCUCAGCCACAGCGCAGGAGCUGCCGGGAGCGGAGGGACCAGGUUCAGUGCAGCGUCUGGUGAGCUGUUGGAGGGGCGCUGUCACUGAGCGUCCGGGCAGCUUUCUUCCUGCUGCGAGGUCAGGACGCAGCCCCGCCCCGCCCCGGCCCGGCCCAGGGUCGGGCUCCGCGC